ACAGUCGUCAUGACAGUUUAAUGCACGGUUUUAAAUCCUGGCUUGUAUUGUUUAUGAUUGUUACAGAUUGUUACUUUUAUUAAAUUUAAGUGAACUGUGUCAUAAAACACUCCCUUCUUUCGUUCUUACGUCUUCAAGCUCUCACAUCUCAUGUCACUUUAUAUUCUACCCUAGUGCAUAAAGUAUUUUUGGCCAGAUACAAACAAGGACAACUCAUAGUUCUUGAAAUUACAAUGGCGGCAGUGGCCAGCCUUAAACAUAUUUUCGGCUACCGAACCGGAAUUUCCGGAUCUGUAGUGUGUCUUGAUGAUCAGACCAUUGUCUAUCCAUGUGGAUCUAAUUUAGUCCUAUACAACCUCGAGCAAAAAACACAAAAAUUUAUUGCGGGUUUGGAAAAGUCUGAAGGAAUGACAGCUCUCGCUAUCAGUCCAAACAGAAGGUACAUUGCUGUUUCUGAGAAAACGCUGGAUAAGCCUGUCAUAACCAUAUACGAUGUACAUGCUCUACGCAAGAAAAAAACAUUGCACACUCCUGACACUCACUCCAAUGAAUUCAUUAGUAUAGCUUUUUCUCCGGAUUCAAAAUAUCUUGCAGUACAGAGUGGGAGUCCUGAUUGGACUUUAACAUACUGGUCCUGGGAGAAACCAAAACAACUAGCUAGUGUGAAGACGUCUACAUCUAACCCAAUCAAACAAAUCUCUUUCAGUCCUCAAGAUUGUACACUGAUAUGUGUUGUUGGCACUGAUAUCUUCCGCUUGUAUCGCUAUGGGGAAAACAGUCUCAAAACAUAUGGCAUAAAUAAGGUUGAACCUCGAAACUUCCUUUGUCAUACUUGGAUCGAUGGUGAGAAAAUUGCCGCUGGAACUGAUGACGGACGAUGGAUAUUGGUGGAAAAUGGGGAGUCAAAAUCGGAAUACGACAUCUCUGCUAUAAAUGAGAAAAGUGGGGCAUAUCAGGAAAGCAAAGAUAUUAUACAAACAAAAACUAGUAUAACAGCAUUAGCCUCUACAUCAAAAGGUUUAAUUGUAGCUACUUCAUCUGGUAUUGUUUAUUGGUUUGAACAUAUUACUACAGAUAAAUUACAUCAACAAUCACAGCAACAAUCUGAUAAACACCAUGUUAAACAUGAUAAACCUAUCACCACCACCACCACCACCACAACCACCACAACAACAGGUACAACAAAUCAAUCAAAUAUAUCAUUCAAAGAUGAAUAUCAAUUCAUAAGUAGUAUCUAUGUACCACAAGAUUUAAUAAUCAAUAAAGAAUCUGAUUUGAAUAUUCAUCAAAUGAUUAUACAAUUACAAAUUAAUCCAUCUGAAGAUUUACUUAUCAUUGCAACAAAUACACAUCAAUUAUAUCAAUUUAAUUUAAACAAUAUUGAUACAAAUAUCAAUAGUAGUAAUAGUAAUACGAAUAAAGAAUUACCUAUAUCAAAUGAAACAUUAAAAUUUAUACCAGUAUCUCAAUCAUUUCAUAAUGGACAAAUUAUUGGUAUGGAUGUAUGUAUACGUAAACCAUUAAUAGCUACAUGUUCAACUGAUAGAACAGUAAGAAUAUGGAAUUUUGAAACAAAUGAUCUUGAAUUAAUAAAACAAUUUGCUGAAGAAGUAUUCAGUGUAGCACUUCAUCCAACUGGUUUAUUCAUUUUAGUUGGAUUUAGUGAUAAAUUACGCUUAAUGAAUAUAUUACUUGAUGAUUUAAGAAUAUUUCAUGAAUUUACAAUACGUAGUUGUCGUGAAUGUGCUUUCAGUAAUGGUGGACAUUUGAUUGGUGCCGUCAAUGGAAAUGUUAUACAAAUUUAUUCAACGACAACAUUUGAUAAUCUAAUCAAUUUAAAAGGUCAUAAUGGUAAAAUUCGUUCUAUUAUUUGGUCAGAUGAUGAUUAUAAAUUAAUUUCCUGUGGAUUAGAUGGUGCUGUUUAUGAAUGGGAUACACAAAAAGGUACACGAAUUAAUGAAAAUGUAUUAAAAUCUUGUAGUUAUACAAGUGUAGCUGUUUCUCAAGAUGCUAAAACUGUUUAUGCUGUUGGUUCAGAUAAGACAUUAAAAGAAAUAAGUGAUUCACAAAUUAUUCGUGAAAUACAAUCAACUGAUCAAUUACUUACAACAGUAGCUGUUUCACAUUCUGGUCGUAUGUUAUUUUGUGGUUGUCAAAAUGGUUUAAUUAGAUCAUUUCAAAUGCCACUUACAGAUCAUUCGGAUUGGCAAGAUUAUAUUGGUCAUUGUGAUAAUAUAACAAAAAUGAAAAUGGCAUCAUUUGAUGAAUAUUUAAUAACUGUUUCUAAUGAUUGUUCAAUAAUAAUAUGGAGAAUACAAGAUCGUGAAGUACGUUCAAGUAAAACUGAUAAAGAAAAUUUAUGGAUGGAAGAAAUAUUAAUUACUAAAUCAGAUUUAGAAGAGAAAAAUUCAAUGAUUAUUGAAUUAAAAACUCGUAUAGAUGAAUUAAAAUUAGAAAAUGAUUAUCAAUUACGUUUAAAAGAUAUGAAUUAUAAUGAACGUAUUAAAGAAUUAACAGAAAAAUUUAUACAAGAAAUGGAAACAUUAAAAACUAAAAAUCAAUUAUUAAAAUUAGAUAAAGAAAAUAAUGAUAAUUAUCAUGAAAAUCAAUAUCAUGAAUUAUUAAAUAAACAUAAUGAACAAUUACAACAUAUUGAAUCAAUAUCUAAUCAAAAAUUAAUUAAUGAAUAUCAUAAAUAUAAUGAAUUAUCACAAUUAAAAGAAUUAAAUGAAUUAAAUUAUGAAAAACAAUUAAAUAAUCAACAAUUAAAUCAUGAACAAUUAUUAACGAAUACAAUUAAUAAUUAUGAAUUAAAAAUAAAUGAAAAAAAUAUAAAAAUUAAUGAAUUAAUAAAUCAAUUAAAUUUAAAUUUAAAUCAAUAUGAAUUAAUGAAACAAUUAAUUGAUUAUAAUAAUGAUCAAGAAAUUUUACAAUUAAAAUCUUAUUAUAAAAAUUUAUUAUUAAAUGAAUUAAAUUUAAAUAAAAAAUUAAAAAAUGAUAUAAAUUUAAUUAAAAAAAAUUUAUUAAAUUUACAAAAUAUUAUACAAGAAUCAAAUUUAAAUAUUAAAAAUUAUAAUAUAGAAAUUAAAAAAUUAAAUAAUAUAAUUGAUAAUUUAAAUAAAGAUUUAUAUAAUUUAAGAAAAGAAUUACAAGAAAGGGAUGAUACAAUACAAGAUAAAGAAAAACGAAUCUUGGAUUUAAAGAAAAAGAAUCAAGAAUUAGAAAAAUUCAAAUAUGUUUUAGAUUAUAAAAUUAAUGAAUUAAAAAAACAAAUUGAACCAAGAGAAAAUGAUAUAAAAACUUAUAAAGAACAAAUACAAGAUAUGGAAGCUGAAUUACAACGAUUUCAUAAACAAAAUGAUCAACUUGAAAUAAAUAUUACUGAAUUAAAACAAAAAUAUAAAUCAGUUGAAAAUGAAUUAAAACUUGAACGUCAAUCAACUAGAGAUGUUGAAUCAAUAGUUCGUCGAUUAAAAACAGAUUUAUUCAAUGUUGUUGGAUUAAUUCAAGAACCAAAACAAUUGAAAGCUGGUAUAUUAGCAUUAUAUAAAAAACAUAUUCAUGAAGAUAUGAAUACUCAACUACCAAUAGCUGUAGAUGCUACAGCUGAUGCUGAUAUUCAAAAAGAAUUCUUCAGACAACGAGAACAUCUUGAAAGAUCAGUUGCUGGAUUAAGAAAGAAGUUGGCACGAGACAGUGAAAUGCAUCGAUCGGAUUAUGUUCGUAUUAUGCAAGAAAAUGUUACUUUAAUUCAAGAAAUUGAUAAUUUACGUACUGAACUCAAAUUAUCCCGUAAUCAUAUUAAUGAUUUAGAAGCUUUACUUGGUUUUAAUCGUAAAGAUGGUAAUAAAACUAAACAAUUAUUAAUACAAUUAAAUAAAUCUAAUUCUAAUUCUACUUUACUUGAAUCGGAUUAUGAACAAGCAAAACGUAUAUUAAAAGCUCAACAAUUAUUCAUUAAUACAUUACAAAUAAAAUUAGAUCAAUCUAUUCAAAGUUAUAAUAAUAAUAAUAAUACAAAUGAUUUAUUAAAAGAAUUACAAUCAGCAGCUUAUUCUAUACAAACAAAAUCAUCAUCACCACCACCACCACCAAUGACGACAACAGUAACCACAGAAACAAUACAAUCAAGACCUUAUUCUAGUUCAAUGAUUCUACCACCGAUUAAUAAUAAUAAUAAUAAAUCAAUAACUGAUAUAACAGAUCAGCAAACAUUUUAAUCUGGUUAAUUUUGUUGUCCAUGAUGGAGAUUUCCGAGAAACAUAAAACAAUGAUAUAUGACCAAGAAAAUGAUUUUGUUUUAAUUGUUGUGAAUAAUUUAUUCAUUUAUUACACAUAGACUUGUUAAAAACAGAACUAAAUAAAUAAUAUUUGGAUGAAA